AGAAAAAAAUGAAAGAUUUAUUAACUGACAGCGAACAUCACCAAAAACUUUAUCUCUACUAUGAACUUAUAACAGCUACACCAUUCUCUCUUCGUAUCCACGUGUUAGAUAAUGCCGCAUUGAGAAAUUCUGUUGUCUCAAUAGGAAUGAUGCCUUCAUCGCAGGCAUGUCAAACAUUGAAGGUGAAUACGGACGUAGAACUCCUGAAUCGCAAUAAUGAUAGCUAUUAUGCUGUGUAA